AUGAGCUUAGCGUCCAAGGUCAAAACCAAUCUUCAGUACCAAAAUCUCUGGACCAAUGUUACUAUUCAUCAAGUUCUGGACUUAGAAAUAGUAUCAGGUAUUCCUCCUAACAAAUUAUCGUCAGUAGAUGAAGAAAACCAAGUAGAAUGGAUCAUUCCAAAAAUGUUUUCACAGGACAAAUUGUCAGUGUCGGAGAUCCAGAAUUGGUUUAGUAAGAUUUUAGAGUUAUCGGGUGAUAUUCCUAGAAGAAUCACCAUUGCUAUUAUCAAUGAUGAUUCCACAAUUGUAUAUUAUUUCAUCCACAAUGGGAUUACUAAACCUAAUCAGAAUUAA